AUGAAAGAUAAAGUAGGGAUAGGAAUUCAUAUACCGCAAAAGAAUAUCUCGUUUGCCGCACGACUCAAUAGCCUUACAGAACUUGCAGAACUCACUGCAAUUCAUCGAGGAAUGAUGAUGUGCUUAGAAAAUAAUUUCAACAAUAAUGUUAUACUCUCAGACUCUAAAAGUGCAUUGGAAAAAAUUUCCACAAGUACUAUUACAGCUCGCAGCGAUUACAUAAGUCUGACAAUAAAACAAAUGGCAUACUUACCGUCAUUAAAUGAGGUUUCAUUUAAAUUUGUUUGGAUCCCCGGUCACUCUAAAAUAGAUGGUAAUGAAAAAGCAGAUAUACCAGCCAAAGUUGGCACAUCUCUUAGUGUUCCACUGAAUAUUAAGUUGAAUAAACACAGUCUGUUGCCCAUCUUCAAACAACGAAUAAAAGAUGCUAUCCAUCAGGUCUGGAAGCGGGACGUACAAUCCAAAG